AUGGAAAACCAAGCCGUUGGUCAUCAGUCAGAGUGGCUUUCGUCACCACCCGAGAAGCUUCAUCAGCAACAAUCUUCGCGUUCACCUUUGCAAGAAAUACGUUAUGUACCCCAAUCACCACCAGAAAAAUCGCAUGUGCAUUCCGACGACUUAAUUAACACAUCUGAAAUUAAGCCCACCACCACCAACAACAACAACAACAAAAACAGUGAAGCUGUUGAUUUCGUCUAUGUUUCACGACCUGUCAAGCAACCCAUCUUACUUGUUGGUGGUUGUGAAGAUAUUACGAUUGGUCGAGGUGGCAAUGCUACCAUCAAGAUUGGCAAACGAAACCGUCAAAUCAGUCGUAUUCACGCACGUAUCGAAUACGAAGCAGAGACACAUCAACAUUUUCUCAAAGUUCUCGGCUUGAACGGUGCCAUGGUGGAUAAUAUUUUGUAUCGUCAGCACGAUCGCAUCUUACUCAAGGACGACGCAAUGAUUGAUAUCUUGGGUUCCAAGAUUACCUUUAUGUGCCCUGAUGAUUCAGUUAUGCCACCUAUGCAUCGACGCAAUCAACAACAGCCUGUUACUCCUCCUUCGCCACAACUCGAGCCGGAAGUCGUUGUGGAUGAUGAAGUAGUGGUCGAUUCACCACUGCCAGUAGGAGAAAAGGAGGAAAUAGACGAACAGCAACCAGAACGAAAACAACAGCAACAACAGCUAUUUAAAGAGGAACCAGAAGCAUCACCAAAGCAGCUUGAAGAAGAGCCGGCACCAGCACUCGUGGAGCAACCAUUCGAAGAGCCAGCAGUGCAGCUGCCUAGCAUCGAAGAAGAUAAAGUACAGAUCGACGAACCAACUAAAGAGCCAAAACAGGAAGAAGAAGAGGAUGAUUUCGUUUUGGAUUCACAGGAAAUACCACUUUCGCCUGAACCCAAAGAUCAAAUUGAACUGAAGGAAGAGGAAAAACAGCAAAAGCCGUUGGAACUCGAUGUGGAUUACGCCGAAGUCAUUAUCGAUGCUUUAGUCUUUUCACGCAAGUCAUCCAUGCCAGUCAGCGACAUUUGCUCACGUAUCAUGAGCACCAACCCUACGUACAAAACACAACGACGCGAAAUUUGGAUCGAACGAAUCCAGCAGACGCUCAAGGAGAAGCCUUUCUUUGGCGAAAUUGUGCGCAAGGGCAAAACGGCAGAUGGAUCGCCCAAAGAGAACCUGUACUAUUACAACAGUCAAGAGGAUCCGGUCGAGUGGCGUCGUGCUGAGUACACGCAUGUGGGCCGCAGCGCUCGUAAAUGCACUCUGCAAGACAAGCAGUACUUCUGGAAGAUCCCACCCAAGCUUGGUCGUAACAGAAAUGCGUAUGUGCCCCCACCUGCGAGGGCUUACGAGAAGCGAAAAGGGAACGAGGAGAACAUGGGUGGCAGCAACAAAAAGUUAAAGGCGGAUGAGUGA